CAACAAACAAAUGCAUUUUAUUUUUUUUUAGAGUCGAGAAGUUUUUGUGCUGGCCGAGUGACUCAAAAUGCUUAUCAAAAUUCAAAUAUUAAAGCAAACCAUUAAUGUUAAACAUAAAAAGUUGAUUUUCUGCUUAUAAAUCAACAUUUUUUAAUAUUUUGAGGUAAAUUGUUAUUCUUUAGGAAUAUUUUAUAAGUAAUUAAUGUGGUAUUUGAUUUUGCAUCACUGAUGAAGUAGCUUCUUACAAUUGAACAAGAGUAUGGCAGCAGAUUUUGAAAUUGUUUCGAAAACUGUAAACAAACAAUCCAUACACUUUUUUAACUUGACAUGAGAAGAUCAUUAAGUCAACUUUUGCAAUACUCCAGGCGCUUAAAUCAAAAACCUUACCGAAAUUUUGGAUUUAGUUCGAGUUUGAAAAAUGUGAAGAAAGAUAUCGUUGAAAGUCUUGAAAGAUUAGCUUUGGUUGAUUUUUCAACUGAAGCAGGCAUUCAGCGGCUAGAACAAUCUAUAAAAUUUGCUGAUAAAUUGAUGGAAGUUGAUACCUCUGCUGUUGAGCCAGUGAUUAAUACUGUGUAUAAUUGGAAUGAAAAUCUUAGAGAUGAUGAGCCAAUUGAUAAAUCAUAUAGAAAAGAAUUGAUGGAAGUAUGUCCUUCCUCUGAAGAAUUUUAUUAUGUUGCACCACUAGGUACAUUUUCAAGAAAUAAAGUGGAAUCAGAUUGAUCAUACUUCUCAAGAAUGGUCUUUCUGUCAUUGUUAAUCUCUUUUCAUCUUCAUAAGAUAUUAGUAGAAGAGUUUUAUCAUUCUAUUGCAAUAUUUAUUAAAGUUACUUAAGAAAAGCCAUUGUAAAAUGUAUUCAUUCCAUAAAGGUAUUUUUAAUAUAAUUGAACUUUAAUGGAUUUAAAUGAAUGAAGAUUUCCAAUUUUC